AUGCAAAAUUCAUCCGUAAACAACAGUACAAUUCACUCAAAAUCAUUUCGAAAGUAUAUUAGGCAGACAUUAACACUAUGUGAGAAAGCAGAUCUACUGAUUAAUGAAGAUGACUUUAAAACACUCAUACCUCCCGAAAUUCUCUCACUGCGAUCCAGGGUCAUUAGACUGUGCAAGACCGUAUUUAUUGAUCCAGAAUGGGGGCGCCGAAUUCUUGAGAGGGUGUGGAAAAGCUGGUAUUACUCGGUAAUAUGUCGAAUACGAAGAGGUGCUCUAAGUGUGGAACAGAAGAAUUGGACCGAAAUGCUGAUUUCAACCUUUGUAAAAGAAUUGUGUGUAUUCGCCAAUGACUUUCCACAUUUACGUGCAACAAUAUGCCUGUACAUCGGUGAUCUGCGUCGUUAUGCAUGGAUGAUCUAUGGUGUGGAAAGAUAUAGAAAUUUGGCACUGCUUUGUUAUCGGAAAUCGGCCAAAUUAGACGAAGAGAAUGGAAUUGCAUUCAACCAACUUGGUCUUCUCGUUCAGGAAGCCAGUCCAGCAUGUGCUUUACUGUAUUUUCUACUAGCUGAUAAUGCGCCAUUGUCUUUUGAUGGUGCCUAUACAAAUGUUAUUAGUCUAUUAAAACAGCAAAAAGAACAGAAGAUGGAAGAUUCUACAAUGUCCAUCCUUGAGCACUGUUUCACAUGUUUCAGGCAAUCGUAUUUUGAAGAACUCUCGACAAAGUGGUCGGAAUACGUAAUAUCGCAAUUAGAAACUCGGCAUGCAUUUCACGUUGCUUUGUCUAUCAAUGUCAUCGUCCUAGCAGCUACUACUUUAUUAAAAAGGGGGAAGGGAAUAGAAUUGCAAUGUCUUAGCAAGUUGUUUUUUCGAAUUUCGGAAAUUACGAUUCGAAACCUGGAAGAAUGGUGUGCAGUAGAAGCUGAAGCAGUUGAUUUACGAAGGCGCCGAGCUUCAUCUUCAGAUGGAAGUGCGGAAGAGGACGAAAUAGAGGAAAGAGGGGAAAAACAUUGCUCGCGGUCCUCAUCACUGGAAAAAGAUGUGGUUUCGGAGGAUGAUGAAAUAAUAGCGGAAACAGAGGAGUCAAGUCUCAGUAAAAAAAAUCAUGAGACACAGCACAGAAUCCAAUCACUUCUUGUUGCUUUGCUUCAUGCUGCAACUUGCUUAGCUCCUCACGUGUAUAACGACAAAGUACCAUCAGCACUUCACUGUCAAUAUGAAAAUUUUUGUCAGCAGUUGAUCCAAUUUUUGAAUCUUCUGGAACUGCAUUUGGAGGGUAAAUCAGAGAAUAUAUGGCAGCUUGGCGGUUUAACUCCAUGGUCUUUGUUGCCACGCUUUUUGCAAGCUUUCGUUCAAUCUUCGCAUACUCCCGUUGAAUUUGAUGAAUUCUUCGUGUAUACACCAAAGAAUUCGAUGAAGGAAAAUAAAAUGAAAAACAUGGCAAAAUUGUGGCUUGCACAUGACACGGAAAAAGAACAGAUACGAACCUCUCUACCAUUAUAUGUUAUUCCGCAAGAGGAUGUUUUACUGCAGCGACUGGAAGUUAUGAAAAAGAUCCUGAAGAAAGAUAAACUGAUAGUGGCUAUAGCAGAGGGUACAUUUCGGAGUUUGGAUAUGAAAAAGGAUAAACCAGAGGUGCGGAAAGCGUUGCGUUGGAUCAAUGCGCAUAUAUCAAAAGAUAAUGGUCGUCUACGAAUUAUACCGAGUUUAACAUCUGAAAAGUGUGCAGAAAAGUUGUCAGCACAAGCACCGACCACAUCCACUGUAUUUGUUACAGUGCUUACAUUAUUGCGGGUUGAAGCUAAUUCAAUUAUCAAACCGAUAACGAUGGAGAACGUUGAAGAUUUUUGCGCCCGAUAUGACAAAGCUGAAAGGGAUUUCUUGCUGUGCCACUGA